GCUAUCGAAAUCUCCAGGGCAUAAAAGGCCCAGAGGAUGUGUGUCCUAGAAAAGCUGGCCAGGGAUAUGGGAGCCAUCACCAUGGACCAGAAGUCUCUCUGGGCAGGUUUAGUGGUCUUGCUGCUUCUUCAGGAAGGAUCUGCCUACAAACUGGUUUGCUAUUUUACCAGCUGGUCACAGGACAGGCAGGAACCGGGGAAGUUUACUCUUGAGAGCGCUGACCCGUUCCUAUGUUCUCACCUCAUCUACUCAUUCGCCAGCAUCAGUGACAACAAGGUCGUCAUCAAGGACAAGAAUGAUGCGAUGCUUUACCAGACCAUCAAGAGUCUGAAAACCAAGAACCCCAAACUGAAAAUUCUCUUGUCCAUUGGAGGAUAUCUCUUUGGUUCCAAAGGGUUCCAUCCCAUGGUGGAUUCUUCUAAAUCACGCUUGGAAUUUAUCAAUUCGGUAAUCCCGUUUCUGAGGAACCAUAACUUUGAUGGGCUGGAUAUAAGCUGGAUCUACCCAGAUGUGAAAGACAACUCUCUUUUCAUUGUGCUGAUUCAUGAGUUGGCAGAAGCCUUUCAGCAGGACUCUGUAAAAUCCAGCAAAGAAAGGCUUCUCUUGACUGCAGGAGUUUCCGCAGGAAGACAGAUAAUUGAUAACAGCUAUCAGAUCAAGAAAUUGGCCAAAGAACUGGAUUUCAUCAACCUCCUGUCUUUUGACUUCCAUGGGUCUUGGGAAAAGCCCCUCGUCACUGGCCACAACAGCCCCCUGAGAAAGGGGCAGCUAGACAGAGGAACAACCUCCUACUACAAUGUGGAAUAUGCUGUGGGAUACUGGCUAAAUAAGGGGAUGCCUGCAGAGAAGGUGGUCAUGGGCAUCCCAACAUAUGGACGUUCCUUUACCCUGGCCUCUGCAGAAACCGCCGUGGGGGCCCCUGCCUCUGGUCCGGGAGCUGCUGGCCCCAUCACUGAGUCUUCAGGCUUCCUGGCUUAUUAUGAGAUCUGCCAGUUUCUGCAAGGCGCCAAGAUCGUGAGGCUCCAGGAUCAGCAGGUUCCCUACGCAGUCAAGGGGAACCAGUGGGUGGGCUACGAUGAUGUGGAGAGUGUGGAGUCCAAGGUUCAGUUCCUAAAGAGUCUAAACCUGGCAGGGGCCGUGAUUUGGUCUAUUGAUAUGGAUGACUUCACUGGCAAAUCCUGCAGCCAGGGCCCCUACCCCCUUGUUCAAGCCGUCAAGAGAAGCCUUGGCUCCCUUGGAAGGUGAGAACCAUUGCUGCCCAACCAGCCAUGCUGACAUCCGUUGCAGUGGAGGAGCAGGAGACUGGGAGUCACUGCCAAUAGACAACUGGAGAAGACUGGCCGUGUUGUCCUGGAGAAGGGCUCGGACAGUGUGCAACCUCCUAGACUAAGCUGUAUUUUUAUUAUUACAGUUGAUUUACAAUGGUCUGUCCGUUUCUGCUGUACAGCAAAGGGACUCAGCCGCACAUACAUAUACACUCUUUUUCUCGUAUUAUCUUCAAUCCUGCUCCAUCACAAGUGACUGGAUGUAGUUUUCUGUGCUGUACAGUAGGACCCUAUUGCUUAUCCAUUCUAAAUGUCAUAGUUUGCAUCUACUAUCCCCAAACUCCCAGGCCAUCCCACUCCCUCCCCUCUUUGAGCCCAUAUUGACUAUCAGGCUAAAGGAGGAAGGGGUCAACACACUUGAAAAACAGGGCAACCGCAAAUCAAAACCAAAUAAUACAUUCACAAAAACUAAAAAGAAGGGAACACAAGC